AUGAAGAAAAGACGUGGAGACCUUGAUUUUGUGAUUCUAAACUUGAAUGAUACCAUUAAAAAUCUUUCAAGAAUUUUGAAUGAUUAUGAUAUUUUGACUGGACAUCUCAACAAUGAAAUUCAAAAUAUAAAUGCUCUUAAUAGAAAUGGACUUAUUAUUCCACCAAACAAUCAAGCAGAAUUUAAUCUGAACAAUCGUAAUAAUGCACUAGGUGGGAAUUUUGAUGAUGUGGUACUAAAUUUAAAUGUUAUAAAUAAAAGUCUUUCAGAAUUUUUGAAUGAUAAUCGUAUUUUAGCUGGACAUCUUAAUUAUGGGAUUCAAAAUAUCCCAAGACUUCCUUAUAACUAUUACAACAACAACAACAAUCAUAUCAUUGCACGCCUUGUUGUAGCAGUUCAAAAUUUAAACAAGAUUAAUAAAAAUAUUUCAGAGAUUUUGAAUGGUCAUCGUGUUUUAAAAAUGUCUUCACUAGGAGAAGAAAAUAAUGAUGUGAAUGUUAAUGAGGAACUUCCAGAAUCUUAUUAUUCAAAAUACAAUGGAUUUAUCUCAUAA